UAGAGAGCAGUAUUUGAAAAAAAAAACACACACACACAGCCGAAAUGGAAGAAACAAUGAAAUCACACAUCGCCAUUCGUUGUGCAAAAGCUGCAAUUCUGAUUUCUUCUCUGAAAUCUACCGGAAAUCCAUGGCUCAAGUCAACAGAAGACGACAAAGACGAGUAUGAGGAACGGGAGACGAUGAUGUUAAAGAGAGCGGUGGAGGAGCUGAAGAAAGAAUUGGUGAGGGAGAGAGUGAAGAGUCGGAAGAUGAGACUCUGUAGCGUGACGGAGUCGCUUCUUCAGAUCACGAUUCUGCUGUCGCUCUGGAGUCUCUUCCUGAUGAUUUUCUUCACUUUCCUCUGAAUUUUUCACAUCGUCCACUACUAUGGUAUCUGAUUGAAUUCUAUGUUCAAUACUAAACUCGCAUCGUCUGUAAUUUCAUUGGUGAUCUUUACCACAUUGUUCUGUUUCAAUUGCUUCUCUGAAUUUUUGCAUCAUCAACCACCAUGAUCGUUGAUGGUUUGUAUGUAACAGAGCACAGAUCUGUAAGUUUCAGG